AAGUUUGCAAAGCCGGCAGCAUUAUUUUUAAUUACUGUUUGUGUUUCGCUCAUUUAGUCUUAACCCAUUCGUUUUUUUGGUCAAAUAAUAAUUCACUAGUAACAGCUUUUUGGAUACCAAACCUACCACAGAAAACUAUUUUGUAUUUGAACACUGUGUCUUACAAAACAUCAAGAUGGCGACUACUAUGCCCAUAAACCCAAAGCCGUUCCUCAACAGCCUAACAGGGAAAUCUGUAAUUGUGAAGUUGAAGUGGGGCCAGGAAUACCGAGGGUUCUUGGUGUCGGUAGACAGCUAUAUGAAUCUCCAAAUGGCCAGCACAGAAGAGUGGGUGGAUGGCAAACAGACAGGCGAGCUGGGAGAAAUACUGAUCCGAUGCAACAAUGUAUUAUACAUUCGAGGUGCUGAGGAGGACGAUGAGGAAGGAGAGAUGAGAGAAUAAACAGUGUGCAUUAGCAAACAGACUGAAGUCUCUGACUUUCCAUUCCAAUGAAACUUGAGUGUGUGAAAAGUAUUUUGUGUACAUUUGUUUUGUUUCAACAUUCAACCAUCAUGUUGAAAAUUACUUAAUAUUUAAAUAAAUGAUUUUUUAGUAAGUUUUAUAGUAGUUGUCAUACAAAUAGUUUAAGAAAGGAACAAUCAGAGGGUUUAUAAGGGGUAUUAUCUUUUUGAACAUAAACUAUUCUAUUCAGCAUCUUCAAUUACAGGUUUUGUCACAGUAGUAUUGGUACAGGUUUUAUGAUUGGUGGAGGGGCCAGCAAUAGUUCUGCUGUCUCAACAGGUUCAGUACCGGCCGUCACACUCCUCUGUAUGUAGAGUCUCCAGACAAGCGGGAGUGAGUGUGUUAACAAGUACCAUACCCAACAAUAAAAACUAUUAAAACCAUGUACCCAUUGUAAGAGUGCUCUGAUUGUUCCUUCCCUGCAAAAACUUAAUUCUACACACAUUUAGAGUUAACUUAAUUCCAUCCACGCUAAAUAUGCAUAAUUUUAAUAAAACCAUAACUGUUUGAAUGUUUUAUUUUGCAUAUUAUUAACUAUACUUAAAACCGA